CGUCCAGGCCCCACUGCGCUCACUGCCCCGGCAUCAUGUCCCGCUCGGAAGAGGUAAACCGACUCACGGAGAAUGUCUAUAGGGCGAUUCUGGACCAAUUCAAUCCCAGUCUAAGGAAUUUUGUUACUAUGGGAAAGAACUAUCAAAAAGCACUCUCAGGAGUUACAGUGGCUGCCAAGGGUUAUUUUGAUGCUUUAGUGAAACUCGGCGAGCUGGCCAGCGACAGCCAAGGAUCCAAGGAGUUGGGUGACACGUUGUUCCAAAUGGCUGAGGUCCACCGGCAGAUCCAAGUACAACUGGAGGAGACGCUGAAGCUAUUCCACUCGGAGCUGUUAUCCCAGCUGGAACACAAACUGGAACUGGAUAUCAAGUAUCUGAUGGCCACCCUGAAGAAAUACCAAGGCGAACACCGUGCCAAAGCAGAGUCCAUUGAAAAGUGUCAGACAGAGCUGAAGAAACUGCGCAAGAAGUGUCAGAACAGCAAAAACCCACAGAAAUACGGGGAUCGCGAGGUGCAGUAUGUGGAGAUCAUGAGCACCAAACAGAGUGAACUGGAUCGGUUUGUGGCGGAAGGUUACAAAGCAGCCCUGACGGAGGAGAGGCGCCGGUACUCCUUUCUGGUGGAUCGCCAGUGUGCUGUCUCCAAACACUUCAGCAACUAUCACACUAAGGUCCGGGAACUACUGGCGGCCAAGCUGCCCGUGUGGCAGACAUCGUGCACUCAACCCACCCGCUUACCAGAGCGGGCGCUGGCCCUGGUCAAGCUCACCGCCAAUAACCUCUCCAGUGGGGCUCCCGUACCAGUCACUGAUGCUUUCCCUGGCUCCAAGAUCCUAGAAGAGCUAUCAGAGCUGGGGCCAAACCAUCGUGCCUCAAUCCAGGAGGUGACGCCAGUGCCAAAUGGUGACUCACACCGUGGGCAGGGAUCCCGGGACUUGGGCCAUCCACCGGUCAGUGAGCCCAUAACCAUCACCUUGGGUCUGCCGCUGACACAAACCACUCAGACACCUCCACAGACCAAGACCGCCGACAGCUAUUCCUGCACCCUGCCCAUGCCACGCAAAAUGUCAAUGGAGACUCGUCUGGCGACGCUGGUGGAGAACAAGACCCUGCCCCGCAUCAAUCCUCUCUCGGUCCUGCCUCCACGAUCUGAGCGGAGGAGAGUCCAGGCAAUAUUCUCACACGCGGCUGGCGAGAACAGCACCCUGCUCAACUUCCAAGAGGGAGAUGUCAUCCUUUUACUGGUGACUGAGGCACGGGACGGCUGGCAUUAUGGAGAAAACGAGACAACCAAAAUGAAAGGCUGGUUUCCUUUCUCCUACACCCGGCCCUUCCCCCCAGUCGAGGGGGCAGACAAACCAUUCAGCAGUGGCUUCCCACUUAGCAAGAUGAACAGUAGCAGCACAGGCAAUUUGGACCGAGCUGGGUCUCCACUCACUGUCUCUGAUGGGGGUGACGGUGGCCCACGCUUCGGGCCUUCGCCCCGUGCCAGCACGCCCCGCCAACGACCUUACAGCAUGCUAAACCCAGACCUGUCGCAGCUAGCAAAUGAAUUUGGAAGUCCAACUGCCUCUCCUUCAAGGACCAACCCAUUUGCUCACAUCAAACUGAAGCGUACAGUGACGAACGACCGCUCAGCCCCUCUCAUCCAGUGAGAGGUGCAUCAGUUGGUGAAGCCAGGGCACCUACUUCUCCCUUUUGCCCCCACUGUGUGGCCAUUCUACCUAACAAAGUGGUUCCGGCUUAGAGUUGGCACCUAGGCCAGGCGGGGCCUGCCUCCUCCACAUCCCCACUAGUGGUCAAUGAGAGUGUUGCAACUCCUGGGCAUGGGCGGCUGUAUGGUGUACAUGGUUGGCAGCGAUUCCUGCAGGGUACACAAGCCAAUAGCAGAAGGAAAGAAAAAAGGAAGGAAGAAGGAGCUAUGGAUGCAAGAAAUGGGGGCACAGGCGUGAUAGUUGGAUAAACAGAGGCGGAAGAAAGAUUGAGGAUGUAGGACUGGAGGUCAGAUGGAAGCAGGAGAAAACUAGGGUGGAUAGGAGGACUUAGAGUCACUUCUCACAUUACAAAUUUAUCUAUUUAUCCACAUCACUGGAUCCCGGCAUUUGGAUGCAAUCAGUGUUCAUUGAAACUCCCAUUGAUUUAAUUAUAUCUGAGUUGCACUCUCAUGCUUUGAAGUAAGACCCCAUCAUCUCAGUGGUAUGUACUCCUAAGUAAAGCAUUUAAGACCAGGUUGAAAGCAAGGCAUACUUAAACCUUAUUGGAUGCCAUGGGGUUCAGGAGCUCCUUCAAUGAGCCUUAAAUUCACCUCACUUUCUCUGGAAUUUGUACAUGCAGAGUGGGUUCAGCUGCCCAGGUGAUUCACUUGAUGGCUACAGUUAUGAUAGCCUGGUCAUUUGCAACCUUUAAUCUCUUAAGGGCAAUAAACGUGUUAAGGGAAAUACACUUUGUGGGUAAAAAGUUUGCAUAUGAUGAGAUCAUCAUCCCACAAAGGAACUACUCAGACACCACCCAAAUCUAUCCCUACAGUGUAGAAUUUAGAGAUGUCAGAACUGAAGACAGAAGGGGAGAAUAGUCUAGGAGGGAAGAAAAAGGUGAUCAGUGCAAAAGGAAUUUGAGAUAUCUAGAAAAGCUGAAAUCAAGGCUGAUUUACACAUGCAAUGUAAGCCACUUGAUAUUUCCUCACUCAGUUGCUCAAAAUGCCAGUCUGAUCCACACAGGCAUAAACAUCACUUGGCAACUGAAUGAGUGAACUGACUCCACUGAGAAGCAUUGCAUUUGUAGUGAUACAAAUGUUAUUUCUGCAGUGUUAGAUCUGUGUUGGUCUAUUAAUACACUGAAGUCCCCACUUCAUAUUGCAGUUAUCAAGUGAUAAAUUUACACAUGUGAAGUAGCCCUUGGUUACUUGGGGCUGAAUAUUUCAACAGUCUCCACUGACCAGUGGAUGAUCACAGGCAAUAUGUUGGUAUUUGCUCUGCAGUGGCUGUUUUAGGCAUGCAUGUCAUCACUUGCCAUUACUUUCAGAGUGAUGGUAUGCAUGUGACAACUUGCCCUUAGUUAUAAUCUGUGACAGGGCAACAUGGUGUGUUGAAGAGGAGCUGAGAUUUAUGAUUGCUGGGUUUUCUGGAAGUACAGUGGUUCCUGAACUAUUGUUCAUGGACUGCUGGAUAGUCCAUGAACUUUGCCAACAUAGUUCACACAGCUAGUGAGUGUUGCCUCCUCUUCAUCCAGAACUGGAAAUGUCACAGAAAAAAAACACUUGUCUCCCUAAUAUACAUUUAUGAAUCAUGGGCCACACAUUUUCUUCAUAUGUUCACUUUGUAAUUUAUAUUGAAUUGUGUAGUGGAUUUAACCAUAGCUUUAUUAGGAUAUAUGAUGGUUUGCGAGAAUAGAUUUUGUCCUGGUGCUAACAUUUUUGGGAACCAGUAAUGUAGUGAGAUAUAGACAGAAAAGCCAGGAGUCAGGACUCCUGAGUUUUUUGGGGGAGAUAGCAGAUUAGAGAAAGGCAGCUGAGAAAUUUUCAAACAAUUGGGGUUGUUUGUUAAUUUCAGUUACUGGAAUGAGUAACAAAGAAACAAAGCAAAAACACCACACAACAGUGUAUGUGUUUUGGGAGGACCAAAAUGCAGGCAUUUUGGUCAAAGCCCAAACUGAAUAAUUCAGCUGCAAAAGUUUUGUCUGAAGAAAACUUUUAAGGAAAGGGCAUGCUGUCCCAUUGCCUGUGUGUUACCCCCACACCGCACCCUCCCCAGGACAAAUGACCCACUAGUUUAAUGGUUGAGAUGCUGCCCCUUGCGGGCACAGAUGUGCCAUUACAGAAUCUCUGGCCUGGCUGCACUGCCAUAGUCCCUGAACUCUUGAUUAAUUUGCAUGUUCAAGGGGUUGAAUUGGUUGGUGGCAGUUUCUGGAAAUCUCCAUGGAUCAUGAUUCACCCCUUUUUCAUCCUAGGAUAAGCAAUUAUAAAAGCAAUACGCAGGGUUGUUACCUCUAUUGAUGUUCACAAUUCUGUAGUGAAAUGAUGGCCACAGUGCUCAGGAAGGGGCAUAGAGCUGAAACAACCAAGGACAGAGUUUGUCAAUGCAGGAUUAUUAAUCCCAACACGCCUGCUGUGUAUAUGGGUUCAUUGUGAGGAUCUCCCCUCAGCCCAUUAUCUCUCAUCCCCUUGUUUUCUUUACUCUGCAGUAUUGAUCAUACUCUCUUCCAUACCAAAUCUGAUGUCCCUCUUUUUCCUAUAGAUUCAGGAUGGGUGCAAUUGACAGUAUUAAAACUAACCCACUGUGGAAGUAAUAAGUUAAAAGAGCAAGAUCAGCAGAAUGAGUUGAGCCUGGUACAAAGAAAUGAUUGUCCAUCUGUUACGUUUUCAAAAUUUAGCAUUUAAUAUCAGGUUUGGAGAGGGAUGGGGGAAUGGCAUGCAUUUGAUGAGGCAAGACUGUAUACAGCAAGAGGUGGCUUCAGAUGCUGUACAGAAGGAUUGUAAGAAGGAAAGACUAAUCAUUUCCUCUGCAAUGAGAUGUGUGCAAGGAUGUAGUCAUCCAGGAUCGGGGGGAUUAUAGACCCCUUUUUGGGAGAGCAAACUCCCAGCCAGGUCUCUAGGUAUGAGCCAGUCAUCAUGAAAGGGGAGCUUGUUAGCCACUGAAAAGAGUCCUUGUCCUUUCACCCUGAUUGGAGCCAAUCAGAGUGAAAGGAGGUGAGUCAGCCACUGAGAAGACUCUUCUCAGCAGCCUCCCCUUUCAUGCAGAUUGGCUUCUAGGAAUGUCUGUUGUAGUGGAGUGUGGACUCAGAGAUGACACAGAAGUCACAAAAAGUGGAAAGGGGGCAUGGUUGCAUGGUGUGACUAUCAUGAAGGGAUCCUGCACUUCUAAAUUUGCCACUACACUACUGGAUGCUCAGAUGUAGGAGAAGCUUGUGCAUAUAAGGAGGAGGGGAUGCCCCAGUUCCUCCUUGGGACUUGGCACCGAAAACAUGAAAGGUGAAUAUACCUUCUCUCCAUCCUCCAUUUCCAUGCAAUGUCUGAAGCUGCUCUUGAGUCACAAAGACCCAGUGAGACAGCUGUCACCAGUAUGCCAGGACAGUUUAUUACUGUAUUAUGGACAAGCAGAUAAGGAAUAUUUUAUGGGCAGCGGGAUCAAAUGUGGGAUUUCAGUGUGGAAAUACGAUUGCAAAUGUCCUUUAUGAAAUAACCAGCGGCAGAAUUUUCUGUAGCAGAUUGUGUUUGCAGAAUGUGAUAUAUAUCUUAAACCUAUGAAGCUGAGAAGUGUGCCUUAUUAAUAGCAAACACCUAAUUUUACCAUACUUACAGCUCAAUUCUAUACACAUCUACUCAGAAGUAAGCCUCAUUGAGUUCAUUGGGGAUUAUUUCCAGAUGAGUGGUUAUAAGAUUGCAACCUUAGGGGCAUACUAAAAGAUACAUAUCUUUGCGUUUCCUGCCCUCUGCAAGAGAGAAAUGACCCCAGUCACGAUGUUUGUUUUAUGUACAUGUGUGUUUCUUGUUUUGCGUGUUUCUGUUGAAUUGGUUCAGGAGGCAUUUUACAUUCUGCAUAUUUUUACUUGAAAAUCCGAAGUUUGAUUUCAAAUGGCAGAAUUUUAUACCUAACAUCAAAGUUUUCAAAUUCUGGCGUUCAAAUCUGAACACUAAAGUGAUGAGAAAGUCUCAGCAAGUUUCUCAUUGCUAAAUGGUUUUGUUUUUCCUUAAUUAGUCUAUGUGUGUGCACGCAUGCACUCAGGAUCAUGUGCACAAUUGUGCAUAGCUGGGUGCUUGGUGUGGCUGUGAAUGAUGUACAAAAAUAUGAGUUUCCAUUUGGGGAUAUUGGACAGAGUGAGAGUGAGUGAAUGAGUGAGUGAGAGAGAGUGAGUGAGUGAAUGAGAGAGAGAGAGAGAGAAGCGUCAUUGCAUAGGGAUACAAAAAUGAGGUGUGCAGGUAUCCAUGGAGGUAUGGGGAAGUCUCUCAUUAGCUAUGUAUAUAUCUCUCUAUUGAUACUUCCUAAUUCUAAUAUUAAUAAAGUUUUAAUAUAAACCUA